ACUGUCCAAAACUUCUCACUCUUCCGAGCAAGAUGACAUCAGAGGUUUCAUCUAGUGCAGAAUCACUGCCUUUGGCACUCACGUAUUUAUCUUUCAAAGGGUGCAAUUUAUUAUCAGACAUCGAUUUAUCUGUUGGUAUUCAUUGCGUGUCCACAUUAAAGAAUCUUGAUUUAUCAGGAAGCAGUUUUGUUAGCCUUCCCAGGGGCAUUAACAAAUUUGUCAACUUGGAGUCUCUUAAAUUGUGUGGUUGCAAGAGGCUUUGUGCGAUUUUAGAACUUCCACCAUUUACAAGAUUCAUAGAAGUGGCUGACUGCAUAUCAUUGGAAGCAUUUUCGCUGUUGUCAGAUAUACUGGAGUAUAAGGACGCACAAAUUGUUUAUAAGAUGGACUUGUCUAAUUGCCAUAGACUUCUUGAUUCUUUGCGCUUGGACGUGUCGAAAGUCGCAAAUGUAUUACUGAAUGAGGUGGAGUACUCUUUGUUUGAGGUUUUACUUCCAGGAAAUAGAGUUCCGAAGUGGUUUAACUAUCAGAAGGAUGUAGGCGUUGUUGUUGAUGAAGAUCAAAGGCAUCCCAUAUGCGAAAUAUUGAUUGAAAUCCCUCAACAUUUCAUAUCAUUGGAUGCAGGAUUGACUCUAUGUGCUGUAUUUGAAAUCACAGAGAAGUUUGGUGGUUAUUGUAAUUUUGGCACCACCGUUGAGAUUAAUGAAAUUUCCAUGGAGUUAGAUGAUGAUUGUUUUAUCAAAUCAAGUGAGGUACGGUCAGCUCAUGUCUGGCUAAAGUAUAUUCCAUUAGCUGCUGGCAUCAAGUCGAGGUUGAAUGAAGAGAGGCCAUCAAUGUCUUAUAUGUGUCGGGUUGUCUUUCACCACAUGCAUGGCAAAGGUUUGCUGUAUACAAGCUGCGGGGUUCAUCUGGCUGGUAUGCCACGUGAUGGUGCUGAUCAAGAUGAAGAAGAUGUCAGUGAUCGUCGUCAUGAGCAAGAGCAAUCGAUCUCCUUGUCCAUUGAAUCAACAAAUCCUCCAAAUGAUAACCAUGAUUACGAAGAUGAAGAUGAAGAUGAUGACGACGAGAAAAGCUUGGUUCUGAAGCAAAUUCAGAACCGAAGAGAAGUGAUCCAGGUGGUUCUGAAAUUGGCAAUGAUCCAAUCAAUGGGGUUGUCCCGGUCGAACAGAAAUCCCCGUCUAAACCAAUUUCCGUUGAGGAGGGUGAACGCCAAGAGGGUAAGCAUGAAAAUCAUCACAAAAAUAUCUGCUCUUAAUUUUGGCGCAUCAUCUUACAACUCGUGCUGUGACAUCGUAGAGGAGAGUGCUCCACCCGAGAGGCAGGUCUCCCCUCAAAAGCUCUACCGCGCAGCUUUAUUGAGGAAUCGGUUUGCAGACACAAUAUUUAAAGCGAAGGAGAAGGCACUACUUGAAAAGGGUGAUAAGUUGGAUCCAGAAAAAUUACGAAUUGAGAGGGAGGAACUUGAAAGGAGGCAUAAAGAAGAAAAAGCACACUUGCAAGCCGAGGCCAGAGCUGCAGAAGAAGCUCGAAAAAAGGCUGAAGCUAGAAGGCAAAGGGAACUAGAGAGAGAAGCUGCUCGCCAGGCAUUGCAAAUGAUGGAAAAGACUGUCAAUGAGAACAAUCGUUUCAUGGAAGAUCUAGAAAUGUUUAGGGCUGGUGACGAUGAUCAUUUACCACAUUACAUCGAGGAAACCAGCCCUGAGCAUUCUCAUAAUGAGCCUGGCAGUUUCAAACUGCAGGGAAGCAGUAAUCCUUUGGAGCAACUUGGCUUAUUCAUGAAGGCCGAUGAUGAUAUAGAAAUAGAGGAUGUGCUUGUUGUCCCUAUUGAGGUCAGUAUGACCUCCUACUGGGGGCAGUACGACCCUUGA